AUGAAGAAAAGCAGAGGUCGGACAGGUCGAAAGAGAAGAAGAAAACACUUGCAGAGUUUUAUGGAUGGAGUCAACUGCAGUCACACACUGGAAUACAUUAAACUUAAGAAGUGGCUGAAAGACAGAGGAUUUGAAGAUGGUAAUUUAAGGCCAGCAGAGUUCUGGGAUACAGGAAGAGGACUGAUGACAACAAAAGCUCUUCAGUCAGGGGAUUUGAUUAUUUCGUUGCCUGAGAAGUGCUUACUCACCACGGGCACUGUCCUUAGUAGCCGCUUGGGAGAAUACCUUAUGAAGUGGAAGCCUCCUGUAUCUCCUUUGGUAGCCCUGUGCACAUUUUUAAUAGCAGAGAAGCACGCUGGCGAGAAAUCUCCGUGGAAGCCGUAUCUUGAUGUUUUACCCAAGACAUACACUUGCCCUGUUUGUUUGGAGCACAAUGUAGUAAGCCUUCUUCCUGAACCUUUAAGAAAGAAGGCUGAGGAGCAGAGGACAACGGUCCAUGAGUUGUACAUGUCUUCCGAGGCUUUUUUCUCUUCCCUGCAGCCUUUGUUUGCUGAGAACACAGGAACUAUUUUUAACUACAGUGCUGUAGAGUGGGCUUGGUGUACUAUUAAUACCAGAACAAUAUACAUGAAACAUUCACAGAGGGAAUGUUUUUCUCUUGAGCCAGAUGUUUAUGCAUUGGCACCAUAUUUAGAUUUGCUAAACCACAGUCCAAAUGUUCAGGUAAAGGCUGCAUUUAAUGAGCAGACAAGAAGCUAUGAAAUUUGGACAAAUUCACAGUGCAAAAAGUAUGAAGAAGUGUUUAUUUGCUAUGGGCCUCAUGAUAAUCAGCGACUGCUACUAGAAUAUGGAUUUGUUGCCAUGGAUAACCCUCACAGCAGUGUUUAUGUCUCAUCAGAUACUCUCCUCAAAUAUUUUCCACCACUGGACAAGCAGAGAAAUGCAAAACUUUCCAUUCUAAAGGAUCAUGAUUUCUUAGAAAACCUGACCUUUGGAUGGGACGGCCCGUCUUGGAGACUCCUCACAGCCCUCAAGUUGUUAAAUCUCAGAGCAGAUGAAUUUACUUGCUGGAGGAGAACGCUGCUUGGUGAUGUAAUUUCUGCCAGAAACGAACAGGAGACUUUGAAUGUAACAGAAAAAAUAUGCCAUUUUUUAAUAGAGGAGACACAGCAUGUCCUUCUCCAGAUUUCCCAGUUGAAAAGGAACAAAGAGAACCUCAAAAAACACCUGGCUUUGGUAGAAGCACUACGCUUGGAAGAUCUGAAGAUACUACAAAAGUCAGCUGAGAUUCUUUGCAACUUGAAUACGGCAACAACUUGACCCAUCUGGAGCUGCGAUAGCUACGGCUGAUUGGAGCUCGUUUGCCAUGGAUGUGCCUUGCUCAGCUGCUUUAAGGGACCUGAGCAGCGAAGAAUAAUGUAAGAAGUCAUCAGAAUAUGCCUCGUUUUGUUUAUAGGGUCACACAGGACUCAGAGCCUUAUAUUCUUCAUUGCUGACCUUCUUCAGUGAUACAAAAGGUUAGCC